AUGAUGAUUUCACCUUUUGGAUGGGUAAAUUUUAUAAUUUUGAUCUAAUAAGUAUGCAAAUAAUAAUAAAAAAUCCAUUUGGAUCCAUAGUUUUAUCAGAUUGUAAUAAAUCAGGAUAUUGUACUCUAAGUUCUGAUUUAUUAAGUUACUAAAGUCAAUCUUUUAAUAAUAUAAGUGAAGUAAGAGCAAGUGGAGAAUCUCCAGAUGUGGUAUAUGAUGCUUAAUAAUGUUCUGAAUUAAGUUCAUUUGAUUUACAUUCUGACAAUGUUUGCGGUCCUGGAUGAUAAUUAGAUCAUGCUUUUGAUAGAUUACAAAUAUCGAAAAGUGGAUCAGCAACACAUUCAACAAUAGGAAUGAU